ACUUUGUGCGUGUGUGGUCGAUCGGUUAGGCCAUGCAUCCGUCGGUGUCGCUGGCGGAUGUGAACGCUUCCUCGACGAUUGCGUCGACUGUGGAUGACCAUGAGCGCUGUAGAGACUUGUACAGAGACUUCGUCAGCGCCGGAGCAGGAGCCUCUGGCGCCCAGGCGCUGGUGUCGUCAAGUUCUUCCGCUGCUGUGACGUCGUCGGCUCCACGCUGCCCUCCCGUGUGGGACUCGAUUCACUGCUGGCCCCCCGUGGAAGCCGGCAAGAUCCUCACGCUGCCCUGCCGGGAAGUGUUCGGCCGGCUCAACUACACGCAGCACGACGUCCGCUGGGGAGCCGAAGCUCAUCGAGAAUGCGGAAGCAAUGGAACGUGGCUGCACGGAAACUGGACCAACUACACAGAGUGUUUGGAGCUGUUGCCCCAGGUCAGUUCUCUAUCACAACUCGCUGUGCGCUACAUUCUUCUUGUCUUCUCACUCGUCAGCCUGGUGGCGCUGUGUGUGACACUGUUCAUCUUCACACACUUCAAGUCGCUGCAGUGUUCCAGGCUGCGGGUGCACAAGAACCUGGUGGCAUCUUUGAUCGUACACUCGAUCUUGCUGGCCGUCAUAUCGUUUCCCAACGUCUUAGGACCCCAUUGGACGACAUACAAUGACGUGGACUGGCUGUGCAAGAGCGUGCUGUCGCUGAAGCUGUACGCGGCCAUGGCGUCCAUCAACUGGAUGUUUGUCGAGGGUCUUCUGCUUCAUUCUCGCAUCGCCGUCUCGGUGUUCCAGCAGGAUGCACCCUUCAAGCUCUACUACCUAAUCGGAUGGGGCCUGCCAUCCCUGUGCGUUCUAGCCUGGAGCUUGGUCAUGGAGUCACGCAUGCGCAGUCACUGUUGGCGUGGCUACGGCAACUCGGUCUUCGUUUGGAUCAUCAGCGGACCCAUGAUGGUCGCCCUCCUGGUGAACACGGUGUUUCUGAUAAACAUCAUCCGCAUACUACUCACCAAGCUCCAGUCAAACACUUCCAUCGAGACCAUGCAACUGAGGAAGGUGUCCAAGGCGACAGCUCUGCUGUUCCCCUUGCUGGGCAUCACACACCUCUUCUUCUGCAUCAACCCUAGAGACGACGCCCACUUCGAGAGCGCCUACGUCAUCUGCAAUGCACUGCUCCAGUCGUCACAGGGCCUCUCCGUCUCGAUCCUCUACUGCUUCGUCAACUCUGAGGUGCAGACUGCGGUGCGCAACGCGUACAUGCAGGCGAUGAUUAGGCGCAACCCGAACCGCUACUCUCGCGGACGCGGCCUGUCGCAGAGCUACUCGACCUACUGCGAGGCCAGCUCGCUGGCGCCAGACCUGCACCCGCACGUGGCCGGACACAAGGUGGCGCCCCUGCGCAAGGCGCUGGGACCCGCGCGCCGCUACUCGGAGGUCGAGAUCGAGACGUUGGCGUCCAUCGUGGCCCCGCCGCACGCGCAGCCCACCAUCAAGUGGGAGCGCAACUGCUACUUUUGAAGCGACCGCCACCACCAGCCAGACUGAGCCAUCGUCUAUAUAGACACCUCAUCCUUCCUCGCCGCCUGUGCAUCCAAACCUGGCCGGUAACUUGGUCAGCGCCUCACGAUGUUCCGUUUCACGCGCCCCCGAAAGACCAACUGAAACGCCGUUGCUACCGAACUUAGGCAAGGCCAAGAAUGUUCUUACAGACACGCCUGUGGAGGAACACCGCUGUUGUUCUCUGCAAAUGUGUCUGAAGGUUGUGACGUGGGCGGCCUCGAUUCAUCGUUUCCUUCAAACGGUUCGGCGCGCAGGUACAAACGGUGAUUGCCUCACGAUUCCCGCAUCACAUCACAAGAAUGAUCAGUGAAAGAUUCAUUGCUCCUGGAGGGAAAGGAGAAAAAAAAUAACUUUGCGGACCCGUCGUCGUAGAAGCGCCUCUUUCUCAGCAGAUCUGCGCGAUACAAUGUGUGGUGUAGGUGGCUUGUGGUGCAUACCUUAUCAGACCCUUCUUCGAGUCGUGUGAACCUGCAGGAUCACACGACCCGCAAGACUCUCUCACAUUACACGACAGAGAUGUGAUGGCCACCCACUUCCGUAAGGAAAGCUCCCAUGGAAACGUUGCCUGAAGGACGCCGGUAUUUUUCUCUGAGUGUACACUUAGAAGAGAUUGUGUAAGAACUCGGCCGGUGCAAACAGCAGGUUGCUAAUG